CCACACGCCAUCACCAUCCCAUCGCCCCUUGUUGCCUUCAAAGCCUCACCGUCACCUCCUACUAGUCAUUGUCAUCUCCAUUUUCUACCCGUCUAAAGUCCUCUAUCAUCAGACAUCAACCUACGUCCUUGUCUGCAGCCUCUCGAUCAUUCCCCUCGUGGCAUGUGACAAUCUGUCCCUCCACUGUUAGCGUGUGUGCGACUGCCUCCACUCGAUCGAUUUUCAUCAACACCAACACAAUCUCAAACUCCCCGAUCUCCCACCUCCACUACCACCGCAAGCCCUCAAGAUCAAAGAUUCCUCUUCGUCGCCAAACCCCUGCGCACAUGCACGACCCCAACAUUGUUGCUUCACAUCUCCUCAGAACCUCCGCCGCCCUCGCCCUUUCUGAAAACCUCCCGCUUUCACCGCUCAUUCCAUCGACCGAAUGUUCUUCUUUCGCGCCCUCUCCUCCCUCCUCUUCCUGACACUCAUCAUCCUACUCAUCCCCCUCACCUUCGACAUCGGUGGUCGCGAUGCCGGUCUCGCCUACUCCCUCUCCAUUGCAUCCUACUACUUUGUAGUCUCCAUCUUUCGCAUCGCCACCCCUGAUUCCUCGACCUUUCGAAGAUCAAUCGUUAACAUUCUUCGUGGCUUCCAAUGGGUCAUACUCCCCGCCCUGUGCAUUUGGGCUCUAGGCAGAUUCUCUAUCGACGGCGAUAACAACAGUGGUUGGGUUGAAAGGACUUUCAGAGCAAAAUACUACCCAUGGAAGCCCGAUACUACCUUUUGGAAUGCCAUUUUGGGUCCUGAGGGUCUGGUUGAGAACAUUGCUAUUGGCGGCUGGGAUCUCCUUCUCCGCUGGUCUUCGCCAAUCUUUCAACUGCUCGAGGGUUUCUGCAGUCUGCUUGUCAUCCAAGCACUUGGUCAACUCUCUCGCUGGCUCGUCAACCGCAGUGAGUGGAGCGACUUUUGGUUGCUGACCUUGCUCGUCUCCGCCGCCGGCGUCGUCUCCAGCAGUGUCUACUUCCUCUGGCGUGUCCUACAAUUCCCUGAUAUCUCCAAUCUGGAUUCCACCCUCAUCGGCAUCGCCAUUGCCUCGGCCAUCUUUCUUUGUGCCUAUGGUGUUGUCUCUGGCCGCGGCACCGCAGUCGAGUCUUCUCUGCUCUUUGCCUACAUUGUUCUCUGUGUCUACCAGAUCUUUACCGAUUACAAGCCCAACGAUGUCUCUGCCGCCGAAACCGCUUCCUCAGCGCCGGACUUCCCCCCUCUGCCGCCAAUCAUCAUGUCCUCCUACACCGCCAUCAUGCACGCUCUAUCCACCUUGCCUGGUGCCCUCGUCAACACAUUUGACUUUACCGCUGCCGCUUUCAAAGCUGUCACCCCGUCCGUCCUCAUCUCGCUCGGCUACCGCCUGUUUGUCUUCUAUGCCUCCACCCGCAUCAUUCCCGCUAUCAACGAAUCUGGUGCCCGGGCCUUGAGCAUGGAACCCAGUCUGGACGAUUCCAACGCCGGCAAUCAAUUCCUCGCUUUCCUCUCCUGGUUUUCUCCUAGUAUCCUCAUUGCCGUUUAUACCAGUCUCCUGAUGCAGCAUUUCGCUACCACCAUGGGUGGAUACUCUCCUGGUCUGACUGAGUCAAUUGGCGCUUGGUGGAGUGGCAAUGGCCAGCCAGGCAUGAAUGGCAAUCUUUGGAAAUGGGUCAAUCUGGUCGGCACCAUGGGAUUGUACGCCAUCGAACUGUGGCUGGGCAAAGAGGACGACAUUGAUGGCGGGCACUGGAAAGUGGAUUGAAAGACCCAGCCGACCAAGAACCAAUCCAUUCUUUCCACUUGGGUGCAAUGCGUCAAACGCUAAGAAUCUGCAAGGAUAAUGAAAUCUCAAGCCCUCCCGAGGUUGACCUAGCUAUAAGGUUGGUCACACAGCCUGCUCCUACGAGGUAGCCAGCGCAGGAAAACGGCCGCUUCUAUCAACCAUCACCCUCAAAGAAGACACGGCCGGCCCCUGCCAAACUAGUGGAUAUCAUUCAUUCCUCGAAUCGAACCCUUCUGGACUUUAUGGCCAGUGUGCGACUGGAGUUCGAAUUCAGCAAACAAAGGACGAAACCUCUCUGCGCUUUUGCGCCUUUGCACCUCCGCACUUUAUCUCAGUAACUGGUUUCAAGAAAGUGCUGUGCCCAUGAUUGAAACCAGCUACCACUCAGAGUACCAGAUAACUUCUGGAUUUCUGGACAGGGUUAAUCGACGCUGCAAACUGGCCAAGAUGAAGGAGGACAGUCAGCAUGAAAGAAAGAAAACGAGCAUCACAACGGGCUAGACUGUCUGGGGUUUAUGUAGACAGAUAGGACAGAGAUCGGAAUUGCAUAGCUUGGACCAGAUGAUACGGGAGACAGAGAGAGAGAUAUGAAAGUGUUGAUGAUCACAUGACGAUUGAGUCAUAUUUCAGAGUGCAGUCAGUCGCAGAGGACCUCAAGAUGUCCUUGGACGUGAGGUGUGGACCUGGCGUGCAUUAUCCUCUUCCUUGCAUGGCUUCGAUCUACGAAAUUCUGGCACUAGAACAAGAACAAGAACACACUGCGUGACUGCAAGGCAGGGCAUGGUAUGGCAGUAGAAGAUGAUUGCUAUGUGGACUAUCCCAUCGCCCGGCUUGGCCUGGCCUUGUCAUUCUCGCAUGCUACUUACAGCAUGCCAUGGCAGAACGAACGAGAGCAAAACACGCC